CCGUUUGAGUCCCAUCUCUUGUGUUUUAGGCCGAUUUCAGGCUAGGUUGUUCGUGUUUGUGAUAUUCAGCUCCUAGUACGUGAAGGAAGGUUCGGGCACGAGUUCGGGGUCGAUUGGACGAAGUUGGAACGAUUGACAGAAAGCUCUAGCAAACCACAGGGCCAGACCUAAACACCACACGGCCGUGUGACGUGGCCGUGUGGAACCAUUUUGUCGCGCAAGUCACACUGGCCGUGUAAACGGUCCUUUGUGACUGUGUGGAAAUCCCAGAGAGAUCACACGGGCAGGCAGAGAUUUUACACGGCCGUACGGCUGUGGCCGUGUAGCGUGCAUGAAGGCACAUAAGUGAAACACGACAUUUUAUACCUCCAUACGGGCAGCUGGAAAUUCUACACGGCCGUGUGGCCUGGCCGUGCAGUCGGGGAAUUUUGGGUUUUAACCCAAUUUCGGGAUUUUUGAGAGGGGGAUCAAUUUUCAGAGCUAGAAACAGAGUCCUAGAGAGAGAAAGUGCGAAGAACACUCCCUAGAGGUGAUUUUGGAGCUGGGUUUCAUCAAUCAAGCUUGGAUUUCAUCCUUGGAAUGAAGAUUAUCAUCCUAGAGCAGAUUCUUCCCAUCAUGAUGAGUAUGGCUGCUUUGUAUUCUGUUUCUCUCUCUCUCUCUCUCUCUCUCUCUCUCUCUGUGGAGUAGAACCCUCUCUCACUUGGGUAUGAAGAACCCUAGUUCCAUCUGUUAGGGAUAUCGAUUGUAAUGAAGUUUGGAUUGUGAUACUGCUUGAUUAUAAUUGAUUGAAGUGUUGUGAUUGAGUCAAUUGAAGUCUGGUCAUCUUUUAUUGAUUUCUGCUGCAACCUUAGAUGGAUAGAAUCUAAUUAGGUUGUUAGAGCUCCUUCAAUCGGUAGUAGUGAAUCAAUUAUAAGAGAGUUAGUCGAUUCACUGCUUUGUACUGGAAACCAAUUCCAUUAGUGGAGUUCUAUGUUAACUGCCUCAGCGUUCUAUGUCAGUGAAGACUAGUCGUCUGCCGGGUAGUCUUUCUGAGAGGGCUUGGUCAGUGUAAGAGAUUCCAAGCUACUGUUAGAUCUUCCGCAGUUUAAUGAACAAUAAAUCAACCAAAGGUAAUUACAACUUUGACCUAACUAAGGAGCUAGGGGGACUCAUUCCCGAGUGACUCUUCCCUUGCUUAAGAACUUCGAACCAUUUCCUGCUUUCUUACUAUUUUAGCUUGAAAUCACAUUCACUCAACUUAGUCUGUUAGAUAAUGGAUAAUCACGGAGUAGGCAGUAGAUCUAGACCUCGGGUUGAUAAAUAGAACAUGCCACUAUUCUGCAUUUUCGGACUGCGAUUACACUUAUUCGUAGUUUGGUGUUGUGUUUUAGGGUGUCAAGUUUUUGGCGACGUUGCUGUGGACUUCUAGGUUAUUGUGAAAAUGUGAAAGUUUGUUAUUCUAGCUUUUUCUUUACUGCAUUCUCUCUCUUCCACCUUAGUGCCUUCAUGGGUUGUGCUUGCAUUCUGUGUGCAGGUAGUGCAUGACCCGUAGCCAGUCAGGAGACUUACUGCCAUUAGACCAAGAGCUUGAACGGACUUGUAGGAACUUCAAGCGGGCUUUAAAGGCGCGACUGGCUGAGGGAGGCUCUAGCCCAGCUACAGAUCAACCAGGAGGAAGACAUCAGUGAGCCUCAAAACAAUGAUGUGGUUGUCCGCGAUGAGCACACCAUGGGGUAUUACUGGACCGCCAAAGCCGCGAACAUGAGGUCUCCCAUCCAGCACCCUCAAGUUCAGCCAAUAACUUCGAGGUGAGCACCUCUGUCAUCACCAUGCUCCGCGGAUCGGUGGUAUUUCAUGGAAAAGAGGGGGAGUGCCUCGGAUCGCAUGUGCGGCGAUUCCAUGAGCUCAUCGAUGUGAUCAAGAUAAAUGGUGUCCCAGCCGAUGCCAUCCAGCUGAGGUACUUCCCAUUCAAUCUGGAGGGGCAGGCCAAGGAGUGGCUGGACACUCGGCCUCCAGAAUCGAUCACCAUGUUCGCCAACCUGGUGGACAAGUUCCUCACCCGCUAUCAUCCUCCGUCCAAGAUGGCGGACCUGCAGAAGCAGAUCACCCACUUUGCCCAGGAGGAAGAUGAAACCAUUCAGGACGCUGAGGAAAGAUACACCAGUAUUUCCUGAAGUGUCCCAAUUAUGGGUUUAAUGACGCCUUCAAGGUGGGCACUUUCUACCACGCCCUCUUCCAAAAAGAUAAGCAGCUGAUUGACACGGUCUGCGGCGGGGACAUGCUAACCAAGACCCCACCGCAGCUGAAUCGACUCUUUGAAGAGAUGGCAGAGCAGGGAUAGGAUUGGGGAAAUUCUAGGAGAUCGAGACGAGCAUCAGGUCGAGGUGUGCAUGCUAUGGCCACCCCGUCGUCUGAGUUAGUGCAAGUGGUAUCUAAGCUUGUCUCAACCAUUGCCAGUGGUACGAAAGCUCCCAUCACACUGUGGAAGACUGUCAGGCGAUGAGGGAGUCGACUACUACAACAACACUUAUUACGAGGGGUGGCUCCAUCAUCCCAACUUCUCCUAGAAGAGUGGCUCCUCGACCACCAGCCUCCUAGGGACCACCAGGCUUUUAGAGGCCUCCUUACCAGCCAAGACAAGAGCAAUUCCAGCAACAGCAGUAAUCACUUUAUCCGGCCAGGCAGCGGCCAACUCAUCCUUAGUCACAGAUGAGGCCAUUUUAGCUUCCCGGUGAAGCCCCCACAGCCCCAGUACAGAGCGACCCUAUGGCCGAUUUGCGAGAUCUGGUGGGUUCUCUGGUCACCUCAAGUGUGAAUAAGUUCAGCAACAUCGA